CGUGCGCGAUCCCGACCGCCUCCGCUGGUUUUUAUAGCGGCCGCAGGCGGCGGCGGCGGUUGGCGGCGGGGACGACGGGCGACGAGGAGACAUGGCGGCGGCGCUGCUCGUGGUGCUGGCGGCCGCGCUGCUGGGCGUCCGGGUCGCCUCCGACGCUAGGGGCGGCAUCUCCACGUCUGUCUACGACGUGGGCAGCAAGACUCACCUCAGGUGCAGCCUGAACCACAGCAGCAGCGCCGUGGAGGGCCAUCGCUGGCUGCGGGGCGGCCGGGUGGUCCAGGAGGACUCGCUGACCAGCGUGCAGACGGAGUAUGAGGUGGACCUGGAGGACAGGGCUGGGAUCUACACCUGUGUCUUCCUCCCGGAGCUGCUGGGCCGGGCUGAGAUCCCGGUCAACGGUACCCCCAGGGUGACGGCCGUGAAGAAGUCAGAGCAUGCCACCGAGGGCGAGGCUGUGGUCCUCAAGUGCCGGGCAGACGCUGUGCCCCCCGUCAGCAAGUGGGUCUGGUUCAAGCUGAGCAACUCCGAGGAACAGGUCAUCGUCAACGGCUCUAAGGGCCGCUUCGUCGUGUCGUCCUCGGACACGCACUCGGAGCUGCACAUCGAGCAGCUUGACAUGGAGACGGACCCUGGCGAGUACGUGUGCAACGGCACCAACGCGGUGGGCACCGCCGCCGCCAGCAUCACGCUGCGUGUGCGCAGCCCCCUGGCCGCCCUCUGGCCCUUCCUGGGCAUCGUGGCCGAGGUCCUGGUGCUCGUCACCGUCAUCUUCAUCUACGAGAAGCGCCGGAAGCCCGACGAGGUCCUGGAUGACGACGACCCAGGCUCUGCCCCGCUGAAGAGCAGCGAGCAGCACGUGAACGACAAGAGCCAGCACGUGCGGCAGAGGAACAACAGCUGAGCGGUGAGACCGCCCGGGCCCACCUCUCGGGAGCGGGGGGCCGGGCACCGUCUGAGGCUGCGCCCCCCACCCCCGGGCGGCCCCCGAGUCCCGUCCGGUGCCUGUCACCUCCAGCCCGAGUCCUCACUGAGCACAGAGCCCCCCACCCACUUGCCCCAAAGGAAAACCCACCGGCAGGAGCAGCCGAGCGUGGACAGAAGUCACAUCUUCUCUUUUUAAACUAAAUCAGGGUUUCCUACCUGUAGAUUUCUGUUCCCUGGGGUUUGUUUCCCUUUUUAAACGUCUCAUUUCAGCCGCCAGUUGAGGGGCUGUUGUCUGGGGCCUGCGCUGCCCCCCUGGCUGCAGGCGCCCAUCGGGGAUCCCUGGAGCCCUGAGCCCCUCACCGUGCCGCACGCAGCCCCUCCGCAGGGCCUGGGCCGUCAGCGUCGCGGGCGGAGGUGACUGGGGAGCUGGGCCCGGCUUCCUGUCUCGACAUCGGGGCUCCCAGGUCCCCUCCCUGCUCCUCACCCUUCAACAAUAAAGACUGACUCCAGCCUCCUGUC